CAGUGAGGAGGUGUCCGCCUGAGGGAGCUGCUCCGGAGCGACUCCCCCCCGCGUGUGAACGCCUCCCCCGUCCUCCCUUCCUUCCCUCCCUCCCCGGGCGCGGGCUGCCGGCGGGCCCCACCAUGCACACGACGCAGAAGGACACCACCUACACCAAGAUCUUCGUGGGCGGGCUGCCCUACCACACCACGGACGCCAGCCUGCGCAAGUACUUCGAGGUCUUCGGCGAGAUCGAGGAAGCCGUGGUCAUCACGGACCGGCAGACGGGCAAGUCCCGAGGAUACGGAUUUGUCACCAUGGCUGACAGAGCUGCUGCUGAGAGGGCUUGCAAAGAUCCGAAUCCUAUCAUUGAUGGCAGGAAGGCCAAUGUGAACCUGGCAUACCUGGGAGCCAAGCCGAGGAUAAUGCAACCAGGUUUUGCCUUUGGUGUUCAGCAACUUCAUCCAGCUCUCAUACAGAGACCUUUUGGGAUACCUGCUCAUUAUGUCUAUCCACAGGCUUUUGUGCAGCCAGGAGUUGUAAUUCCACAUGUCCAACCCACAGCCGCUGCUGCCUCCACCACACCUUAUAUUGAUUACACUGGAGCUGCAUAUGCCCAGUAUUCAGCAGCAGCAGCAGCUGCUGCCGCCUAUGACCAGUACCCAUAUGCAGCAUCCCCGGCUGCUGCAGGAUAUGUCACCGCUGGGGGUUAUGGCUAUGCAGUCCAGCAACCAAUCACUGCUGCAGCACCUGGGACAGCUGCUGCAGCAGCUGCAGCCUUUGGCCAGUACCAGCCACAACAGCUGCAAACAGACCGCAUGCAAUAGCAGAUGGACUUUUGAAGAAAGUUCUCUCUUUCUUUUCCUCUUUUCCAGCCUUCCAAUACACGUAGUUAAUAAGAGACUAUUAACAUUAAGAAGCUUUAAGAAAAGCAAUGUUAUUGCAACGUUAAAAGAUUUUAUUAUUAUUAUUAUUCCACUGUCUUCAUACAGUAUGCAUCCAAUUCAUGUUGUUAUAGGAAAGGAGUAGGUUGGGGUGUAUCAGUUUCAGUAUCAGUCCAGAAAAAACUGAAAAUGUACUGUACUGUUCUGAAAGGAUGGCAAGAGUAGCAAUGGGACUUCAUGGGGGGGUUGGGGGGAAGGGAAAUAAAAUAAAAGGAAAAGUGUAUUUUUUACAGUAUCAGGGAAGCAAACUGCCUUUUUACAAGUGAGAAAAUGGUAUUUAGAAAAAGUAGAACCAGAGGAAAAAAUAGUGAGCAAAAUGUAGCCUUUAUAUGGAGUUUAACUUAAAAAAGAAAAAAAAAAUAGAGUUUAAAGCACUGAUUGUCCUUUUUUGCUUUUGUGGCCUACAGAGCCAGUUUUAGUGAGAGAGUAUUUUCUUACCAUUUCAUGAAUGGGCAUCGAACAAUCUGAGGAAUAUGGCCUGCUGGUAAAAUGGCGGACAGGCACCAAAGUUAUUUUCUUAUUUGUCCUCUGGAUGAGUGGAACUGUGGAGCAAGUGAUGUGGAAUUAAUGGGUGCAACAGCUGUAGAGACAAUCAAUAACACAGACAGUUCUGGAAAGAACACAUCACUUGUGCUCGUUUGAUGAGCUAGUCACAUUCUAAUCCCUCUCCCCAUCCUGUUUCACUUUUGGGAAACUUUAAUUGCUGGUGUCAGCUAUUCUGAUUCUGAAAUAGGAUCAGUCAUUUACUGCAACAGCCUUCUCUUUCUAUUUAUUGCAUCUAUUCAUGACUUGUGAAUAAAGGCAGGAAGAAGCUUGAUGAAUUUAAACCUUUAAGAACUGUUUUAAGGGAAUUUCUCUUUUUUUUUUUUUUUUUUGAAAAUUUGUACAAUUUUAGUAUAUUUCAGAAUAAUAUUUAAAAUAUUUAUUAGCAAACCUACAGUACACGACCCAACUUUUGUUACUGAGAUACAGUUCUUCAAGGGUAAAUGGUAUGUGAUUUAUACUGUGCCUUAAUUGUAAUGCUAUUUAAGAAAAUAUUUAUUUUGAAAGUUUUACUAUGCUGCACUCUAAAGAAAGCAACUUUAGAUGUGACACUGUAAAAUUAUGUAUUCAUCUCAUGGCAUAAAUUAUUUAGUAGUUUAGAUGUAGCAUAUUAAAUAUUAACCUAAUCAACUAAGGACGUUGACUCGGAUUUAUUUAAAUUCAGUAUGUGCACUGUAUGAGGGUACUCUUAAAAUUAACACCUUUUAGAUUUUUACAUUAAAAUACUGCUAAUUCAUGCUUUUCCCUCUUAAGUAGUUUUUUUUCUUAGACCUCUCAAAUACAUUAGUAUAGCUCUUUUCACUCAUCUAUACAUAGACUGACAAUUUUUUUUUCGUUGCUAGAAAAUGCUGCUUUACAUUGUCCUGUGAAACUGCAAUACUUGCAAUUUUUAUUCUUGAUCUAAAUGGAAUUUAAUAUUUUACACUGUAUUGGAUUUUUUAUACUUGAACAAUUUCAUACAAGGGAAGACAGGAUAGCAUUUUUAUGGACUUUAUCCAAUGUCACUGGAUUUAUUUUAAGUAUUCUGAUACUAGCCAGUGUUAUAUAAUGUAGACAAGACUCUCCUGUGCAUAUUAUUUAUUCAGUAUGUAUAUUGCUUUAUAACAUUUCAGAUCUCCUAAUCUAUUCACUUGUAUUAAAUAUAAUAAAAAUAUUGUUUCA